AUGGAUAACAAUGAAGAUGGUGCUGGGCGCCUAUUUCCUUUAUUGCCACCAACCAUAGAACUUUCACCGCAGCAAUCAUCCGAAGAAGACAUAUAUGGUAGUCUAGUGAACCAUCAGAAUAAAUCUUCAGAUCCACAAAAUAUCAACAAUAAUGAUAGUGAAAUGGACACUAAUGAUAGUGAAAUGGACACUAAUCAAUCACCUCAACCACACUUGUUACCAAUCCCAUUCUAUCCUAACUACGGAACAAUAAAUUCCCCUAUUACUAAUCAAAAAAUCAGUAAUAAUGGUUUUAACAGCAGUAACAAUAGCAUCUCUAAUAGUAACCGAAAUUCUCUCAAUUCCUUGUCGAAUAGUAGCGGUAGUCAGAAUGUUGUUGAUAAUUUAUUCACAAAUUUCACAAAUUCUUCGCAUAAUUUAAAUUUAAACUCAAAACGAAGUUCCAAUAUCAUAAUUCCUCAGACACCUUCAAAAAGAAGCUCCAAAAGCAAUAGUAUAAACGUAGUUCACCCCAUAUACAACACUAACCCAGAUAACUUCGACAAUUCAACACGUGACUUAGAGUCUUCGUCAGGGCGAGGCAACCAUAACUCAACCUUACAACAAAAUUCACCGGAAGACGCUGACCCAAACAAAGAAAACGGAAGAAAAGGAAUUUGCAACAGACUUGGAAAAAGAAAAUUCUGCUGUAUAUGCUGCGGAAUAUUUGUUUUGAUUUCUAUAGUCAUGAUACCUAUAGCUAUAUUUGUGAUCGCUCCAGCCAUAGCGCAGAAUGUUGUAAAUGGAUCUCAGCUUCAAUUUGACAAUGUAAAGUUGUCCAAUGUUACCGAAGAAAACUUUGUCUUGAGUGUUUCUGGCAGAGUAACGAAAACGGGUCCAUUGAAAGCGACAAUCUCACUGCCGGAUGGUGUGAACAUUUAUUGGGAAAAAACAUUGAUAGGUCAUAUGUCACUAGAUCCAAUAGUCACAAAGCCUUCCGUAGGUGCCAACAUACAGACCGCUCAAACAUUCACUAUACUCAAUAAAACUGCAUUUACGUUGUUUAGCAAGUACAUGCUAAAUGGAAAAGAGUUCACCUGGCGCCUAGAUGGUGGGGCCAAGGUUAAUACCCUUGGACUGCACUUGUAUGGAAUUCGAUUGUCCAAGUAUGUUACAAUGGGUGGAAUGCAAGGAUUCCAAAAUGUAUCAAUAGACCAAUUCAAUGCACCAUCGGUAAACCCGGAUGGAGGCAUCUCGAUUGAAAUCUCGUCAACUCUUGUGAACCCUUCGCAAAUAGGAAUAGAAGUCGGUGAUAUAUUUUUCGAUGUUAUCUAUCGGAAUCAAACAGUUGGCCAGGUUUCAUCCACAAAUUUCACCCUCACACCGGGGUCCAACAAACUUCUACUCGAUGGUCGUUUGAUACCUCAAAACACUAGCGCAGGAUUAUCCGCUGUUGGCGACCUAUUCUCGAAAUUCAUCACAGGGCAUGACGUCCCCAUUGGCGUGCUGGCGAAGUUGGUCAGACCGAACAAUUACACCGCCCCAAUAUCUUGGUUACAAUCGGCAUUCCUAGGAACUUACUUGUCGGUGAUUCUACCUGGCAUGCAACACGUUUCCAUAAUACAUGGCGUCACUUUGAACAUCCUGGAUCUAGAGUUCAACUCGACCGAUCAAUACACACCAUUAGCCUCGUCAUCGUUAAUUGUGAAUUUUGGCAUUCCUUUCGGGUUCCCAUUAAGCAUGAAUAACAUUUCAGAAGAGAUCACCGUAUUUGAUGGUUCAAUACCGUUAGCCACACUUGAUGUUCCAUAUACCACAGCCACGGGAAACACCACCACCGGAAUAAUCCACUCAAAUUUUUCGUCCAUCCCAUUUAAAAUAAUUCCAAACUCAAGGACUGCGUUCAGUAAAUUCGCGAGACAUCUAACCACCGAUUCGACCGUUUCGCUCACAUUAAAAGGCGCGGCAAAUUCAUUGUCCACCACGCCAGUCGGCGAUAUCGAGAUCAAGGGAAUCUCAUUCACCGUACAGACCACAUUGACCGGUCUCAACGGGUUGUCCACUAGGCCCACCGUCAUAAACUCCUUAAAGGUAAUCGGUGGAACUUCAGAUCAUAUGCUAAUUCAACUGGAGGUGACCCUCUUCAAUCCUUCCAAUGUCAAAAUUUCCAUGCCAAACUGUAGUGCAACGUUUGAUCUUAUUUUUAAAAAUUUAAAAAUCGGCACUGCCAUAAUGCCCAAUUUCACGUUGAAUCAAGGUGAGAACCUCAAUACCCUGGUGUAUGCCCAAUUUUCACCGAAGACUGUUGAAGAGGUGAAGGUUGGACGCGUGUUGUUGGAUAACUUCUUGAGUGGAAAUCAGAGUGAAGUUAAUAUACGCGGUAACGCGAAUUCUACCAACAUCGUUCCGUUGCAAAGUGCCAUGGAAGCGAUCAAUUUGGAUAUGCAGUUACCCGGGUUAAGCUCCCCGAAACCUAUCAUUACCAAAGCGAGAUUUUCGAUAGGAUUGAACACGCUAUUCGACAAAAAAUCUAAGGCGACCAUAGACUUGUUCAAUCCACUAGACACGCAGUUAAGCAUACUUAGGAUAAAUGCUAGUGUUUAUUCCGCGUAUAAUAAGACCGACAAAAUAUUUGGAGACAAGGAGGGAGGAGAAUUGAUCGGGGUAAUAAAUCAAGAUUUGGGAAAUGAUGAGAUCGUGAUUGGGAUCGGAGAAGAGAUCACCACCAGGGAGAUGGAAUUGGAUUUGAAGCUGGGUGCAACGGCCAUCAAGAGUUUGGUGGAGAGUUUGAAAGGUGAACUUAAGAUUGACGUAGUGGCUAUCAUUGAAAUCAAGGUGGGAGAUUAUUUGACCGAAGUGGAUUAUUACGACACUAACUUCACGUUUUCCAUCGCAACUCUAGCACAAAAGCAGAUACCGACUGAAUAUGGAAAUAAUAACUCAUAA